AUGGCUUCUCCUUCAGUUUUAGAAGAUCGUCCAGCUUCGCUCGAUGCUACAGCCGAUCCACCAACUCUGUUCGAUGGAACCACAAGAUUGUACACAAGCUAUGUUUGCCCAUUUGCUCAACGUGUUUGGAUCACCAGAAACGUCAAGGGGCUGCAAGAAAAGAUAAAACUUGUUCCUUUGGAUCUUGGGAAUAGGCCUGCUUGGUACAAGGAGAAAGUAUAUCCAGAGAACAAGGUGCCAGCGCUUGAGCACAAUGGCAAAAUCAUUGGGGAGAGUCUCGAUUUGAUCUUAUAUCUCGACACCACUUUCGAAGGGCCUUCGCUUUACCCCGAGGAUCAUGCAAAGAGAGAGUAUGGCAACGAUUUGUUGAAAUACACUGAUACAUUCAUUAAAACUAUGUAUGCGUCCCUCAAAGGAGACCCCUUUAAGGAAACUGCACCAGUGUUAGAUUAUCUGGAAAACGCUCUGCACAUGUUCGAUGAUGGGUCAUUCUUCCUCGGACAGCUUAGCUUGGUUGAUAUUGCCUAUAUCCCGUUCAUUGAAAGGUUUCAAAUCGUACUCAGUGAAUUGUUCAAGUGUGACAUUACUGCAGAUCGUCCCAAACUAUCGGCUUGGAUCCAGGAGAUGAACAAGACUGAUGGCUAUGCACAAACCAAAAUCGAUCCCAAGGAGAUUCUGGAGAUUUUCAAGAGAAAGUUCAUGUAA